CUACAACCCUUCCUUUUAGGAUAAAAUUAAAUCAAAUUAGCAAUUCCCAAUUCCAAUCCUCUCCCACUCCCAAAGUUCUUCUGGCUCUCUAUCACCUUCUCCAUUUUUCCAUUUAUCUCCAUAUUCCUUAUGUCUCGCUCUUCUCUAUCCAAACCCAAAUCCCUAGCCCUAACCCUAAAUCUCCUCCGCCCUCACAUCUUCCGCCGUACUUUCUCCUCACCUUCCGAUCACGAUCUCACCGAUCUCCCUGAAUCUCCUUCUUCCUCCGAUCCCCUUCUUCGCAACCUUGAGGACGCUAUUCAACGCAUCCUCGUUCGCCGAUCUGCUCCCGAUUGGCUCCCCUUCGUUCCUGGAGCUUCCUAUUGGGUUCCUCUGCCUUCUAAUUCCCAUUUACCUCCCAUUGCCAGCGUUCUUCGUAACUUGGCUAACCCUCUCUCUCAUGAACAAUCCUUGUCUACCACUACUGUCCGUGGCUGGCCCUCUUCUCAUUACUUCAUUCAAGGUACGCAUCUUCCUUCUCUUGAUCCGGAGGUUGACACCACGUCGACUGAAUGUGAUGCUUCCCUUGAUCGCGAGGAAGGAUGAGAACCCGAUCUGGCUCACCCUGCCUUGUAAACUUCAUGUAUAGAAGAAGACAACCGAAUAACAGACUAGCAAGAUGGCCGAGCAAAGUGUAGAAGCUUGUACAGAUGUGAAACUGGUUGGCGAGUGUUAUUUAUCCAAUGGCUCUUCGUCCAUCAUUUCGAAGUUUCUGCUCUUGAACGCUCUUAAAUGUUUUUCCUUUUGAGUAAUUUAUUUCUUUCAACUUUUCGCAUAUGUAUUGUGUUCUCUUGUUGUAUACCAAGAUACGCAUAGUGAUUCGAUCUUUUGAUCACCCAUUUUAAGUAGGUUUAGAAAGAAGGUUUACGAAUCAAACUCCUCGCCUUUCGGUCGAAGCCACAUUUGAAAUAGAAUGAGAGGACAGAGAGAACUAUCGAGGGUUCUAAAUAUUUAUUUCUUUCAA